AAGCUGGAGUGACAGGGAAAGGAGGCAGGGACUAGCGGAGCGGCUGAGAAACACACUCGGGUGCUGCCUGCCGGAGAGAUGGGCUGGCAUCUCUUCUGGCGGGGCUGGCCCGGCUGCCCCACCGCCGCCCCGCGCCCUGGGCUGCCAUGCCCACGGUCUCGCUGAGCCUGCCGGGGGCCCGAACUGGCGACAGGAUGACCUGGGUUUGCUUGUCCUGCAUGCUCUGGCCCGAGGACCUGGAAGCCCCCUCCUCCCACACGUUCAAGGUGAAGAGCUUCAAGAAGGUGAAGCCAUGUGGGAUCUGCGGGCAGGCGAUCACGCGGGAGGGCAGCACCUGCCGAGGGUGCAAGCUGUCCUGUCACAGGAAAUGCGAAGCCAAGGCGGCUACCCCGUGUGCGCCUCCCGUCAACUCUGAGCUGCCAUCCAACGGGGAGAGCACCACCAAGCAUGUAGACGCCACAGAAUCCACAAAAUCCUCCAAAAGUGCCCAGCCACGAGGCAGACCUUCCAGGAGCGUGAGCAUGGCCCAGACCACAGAGGACAGCUGCGAGCUGGACCUGGUGUACAUCACCGAGCGGAUCAUCGCUGUCUCGUACCCCAGCUCGGCCGAGGAGCAGAACUUCCGCAGCAACCUCAGGGAGGUGGCCCAGAUGCUCAAGUCCAAGCAUGGAGAUAGCUACCUGCUUUUCAAUCUGUCCGAGCGCAGACACGACAUCAGCAAGCUGCACUCCAAGGUGCUGGAUUUUGGGUGGCCCGACCUGCACACGCCUGCCCUGGAGAAGAUCUGCAGCGUCUGCAAGGCCAUGGACACGUGGCUGAGCGCCGAGCCCCACAACGUGGUCGUCCUCCACAACAAGGGAAACCGAGGCCGGAUGGGAGUCGUGGUUGCUGCCUACAUGCACUACAGCAACAUUUCAGCCAGCGCGGACCAAGCCCUCGACAGGUUUGCCAUGAAGAGGUUCUACGAGGACAAGGUGCUGCCGGUCGGGCAGCCGUCGCAGAAGAGGUAUGUCCAUUACUUCAGCGGCCUGCUGUCUGGCACCAUCAAAAUGAACAACAAGCCCUUGUUCCUGCACCAUGUCAUCAUGCACGGGAUCCCCAACUUCGAGUCCAAAGGCGGUUGCCGGCCCUUCCUGAAGAUCUACCAGGCCAUGCAGCCAGUGUACACAUCUGGGAUCUACAACGUGCAAGGAGACAGCCAGACCAGCAUCUGCAUCACCAUCGAGCCUGGACUGCUCCUGAAGGGAGAUAUCCUGCUGAAAUGUUACCACAAGAAGUUCCGCAGCCCGACCCGAGAUGUCAUUUUCCGGGUGCAGUUCCACACCUGCGCCAUCCAUGACCUCGGCAUUGUCUUCGGGAAGGAGGACCUGGACGAAGCCUUUAAAGACGACCGGUUUCCGGAGUAUGGGAAGGUGGAGUUUGUGUUUUCGUACGGCCCGGAGAAGAUCCAAGGGAUGGAACAUCUGGAGAACGGCCCCAGUGUCUCCGUGGAUUACAACACCUCGGACCCCCUCAUCCGAUGGGACUCCUACGACAACUUCAACAUCCGCCGAGAGGACAGCCUGGAGGGUACGUGGGCUGGUCCCCAUGAGGCCCACAAACCUCUGGACACAGAGCUUGGGCACACUCAGGGGCCGCUGGACGGGAGCCUCUACGCCAAGGUGAAGAAGAAAGACUCGCUCCACGGUAGCACCGGCGCCGUCAACGCCAGCCGCGCCCCCCUCUCCGCGGCGCCCAACCACCUUGAGCACACGCUGUCUGUCAGCAGCGACUCGGGCAACUCCACCGCUACCGACAAGACCGACGAGCAGGCGGCGCCUGCCGGCGGCCCCCCAGCACUGACCCCCGAGGAGAAGCGGGAGCUCGAGCGGCUCUUGAGCGGCUUCGGCUUGGAGAGCGAAGCCCCCAUGCACAACCGCCACCCCGGGGCGGCGCCGGCCGGCAGCUCUGCCCUCCCGGGGCGCCACGUGGUGCCGGCCCAGGUGCACGUCAACGGGAGCGCCCCCGUCCUGGUGGCCGAGCGGGAGACGGACAUCCUGGACGACGACCUGCCCAACCAGGACGGGCAGAGCGUCGGCAGCCUGGGCACCCUCUCCUCCUGCGACGGCACCACCAACGCCAGCGAGUUUGGCUACCAGGAGGUGCCCCGGAUGGAGAGCCUCUCCUGCCUGCCCAACGGCCCGUCCAGCUUCGACGGCGCGGACAAGCUGCACAAGGAGGGGCUGUAUGACUCGGAGCUGCUGAUCAACGGGGGGUACCCCUACAACAACCAGAACACGCUGCGGAGCAUGAUGGGGCGACACCCCCAGCCCCUGCUGAGCCAGAUCCGGCCCUCGGUGUCUGCUCAGGAGAACCUGUCCGACUACCGGCAGCAGCCAGCCGGCUUCCCUGAGCCCGGCUGGCUGCAGCCCCGGCCGCCGGCCGCCACGCAGCCCUACCUGUACGGCUUUGACUCCAGCGACAUGUACCAUUCUCAGUCCUACCCAGCCGCCGAGCCGGGCCUCCAGCUCCCCCCGGCGCCGGCUCGGAGCACCAGCAGCCGGGAAGCCGUGCAGAGGGGGCUCAACGCCUGGCAACAGCUAGGCGGUGGCAGCAGCGGUGGGAGCAGGCCGCCCUCCCGUCAGCAAGACGGCGGCCUGGAAAGCCAAAGCCCUAGCGUGUCCAGUUCGAGCCCCCAGCCCAGCCCCUUGCCGGCGGCCCCCGCUCCGAGCCACAGCAUCCCUGAGUUCCCCCGGGUGGCCUCCCCGAAGGAGAUCGAGCAGUCGAUAGAAGCACUGAACAUGCUCAUGCUGGACCUGGACCCGUCUGUCUCAACGAUGCACAAGUCCCAGAGCGUCCCCGUGGCCUCCAGAGAGGAGCAGCCUGGCCCGGUGGUCUCCUCUCUGUCUGCCCAGCCAGCGUUGGGCCUUCCGAGCCAGGCGGCCCCUCAGGUGACCCAGCCGAGACCCAGCAACGCCUUUGGUGCCAUGCCGGAGAGCGUGUCCCACAAUGCCAUGGGCACCGCUGUCACCCAGCCCCCACCAGCUUCUGAACCGCUGUCCAAAGCCUAUCUGCCAGGACCGCCGGCCCAGGUGGGCCGGGGCGCUGGAGAGCCAGAGUCCAAGGCGCAGGAUUUUGGGGUGUCCUACUCACCCUACGGCUAUCAGAACCAGCAGCCUCCUGAGCCGCAGACAAAGAGCUACAGCCGCGCCCCGGGAAGCCCCCCAACCUCUUCCAUCCCUCUGGCAACAGCUUACAGCCCUGUUCGGCCUCAGCAGCCCCUGAUCCUGUCGCCCCCCUCUCCCACAGCGACAGCCCAAGUUCAGAUGCCCCUGAAGGGAGCGGAGCAUUACCAAGAGCCUGCUAGACCCUCGGAAGAAGAGCCCUUGAACCUGGAAGGGCUGGUGGCACACAGAGUAGCAGAGUACAACGCCAAACUCCAGGGCAUCCGGCAGAGCACGAAAGCCCCCCAUCUUCCUCUGCACCGACAAAGAUCCUUCUCCUUCGCUGGGGUGGAGUCACGGGACAAGUCCCCAGAGGAGCCCGGAGCGCCGAGCCGAAGACGCACGACCAGUGACGGCCAGUACGAGAACAGUCCCCAGGAGCCCGGCACGCCCCGGAGCCCCACUGCCCGAUCGCCGGUCCACAGCUUCUCGCCAGAGGUGGUCAGCAGCAUUGCCGCCAACCCGGGAGGGAGGCCCAAAGAGCCUCAUCUCCAUAGCUACAAGGAGGCCUUUGAAGAGCUGGAGGGGACCUCGCCAACCAGCCCACCCUCCAGCGGUGGUGAGAUCUCUCCCCCAACCCCUGCCUUUCCUGUCUCGCCGCAAACCCCUUAUGGUCACCUGCCGCGCUCCCCACCCGGCCUGGCCAAGACCCCGCUGUCUGCAUUGGGGCUGAAGCCCCAUAACCCAGCCGAGAUCCUGCUGCAGCCGGCGGGAGAGCUAGAUGGGGAGGCAGUAGUUGAAUCUGAUGAAGGUUCCAGGACCUAUGUGGAGUCGGUGGCCCGCAAGGCGGCGACGGGGGGCGGGGGGACGCCCCAGAGCCCCCCAACUCCACAGGCCUACAGCACUGAGACACCAAUGAGGAACGGGGCCUUCAUGAACUCCUUCACCUCCCCCAGCCCCAUCUCCACCAGCAGCCCCAUUCACAGCAUGGACGGGGUGUCGAUCCACAGCUACCCGUCGGAGAGCAGUGGCCACAGCACCGCCAUGCCCCCGCGGCCCUCGGCCGAGUCCAGCUCCCGGGCGCCGUCGGCACACAGCAGCUACCAAAACGCCUCGCCGGUGUCCUUCAGCCAGGGGGGCCCCGCGGGCUCCCUCUACGUGAGCCCCGAGUACCCCGAUGGCCGAGCCGGCGCGCAGCAAGACGCCCACACGAGGUCGCAGCCCCAGGUCAGCGUGGUGGGUGUUCACGUCCUGCCGGGGAGCCCCCACACCCUUCACAGGACGGUGGCCACCAACACGCCGCCGAGCCCCGGCUUCGGGCGAAGAGCACUCAAUCCUGGCAUGGCAGCCGCUCCCGGGAGCCCCGGCCUGGGCAGGCACCCCAUGGGCACCCACCUGGCUGGGACCCCGGGCAGCCCGAGCCUCGGUAGGCACCAGGCCGCGAAGGGAGGCGGUGCACCCGGCAUGGCCGGCAGCCCCAGCAUGGACAGGCACAUCAUGUACGGCUAUUCCACCCCGGAGGAGCAGCCCCACACGCUGUCCCGGCAGAGCAGCGCCUCGGGGUACCAGCCCCCCUCCACUCCGUCGUUCCCCAUGUCCCCGGCCUACUAUCCCGGCUUGAGCAGCCCGCAGUCCUCCUCCCCGGACUCCGCCACCUACCGGCAGGGCAGCCCCCCGCCGCAGCCGGUGCUGCCCGAGAAGAGGAGGAUGUCGGCCGGGGAGCGGUCCAACAGCCUGCCUAACUACGCCACGGUGAAUGGCAAGAUGUCCUCGCCCGUCUCCAGCGGCAUGUCCAGCCCCAUCGGCGGGAGCAGCGUGGCGUACCCGCACACACUGCCUGACUUCUCCAAGCUCUCGCUGCCAGACAGCAGCCCCGAGACGCGGGCCAACGUGAAAUUUGUCCAGGACACAUCCAAGUAUUGGUACAAGCCAGAGAUUUCCCGGGAGCAGGCCAUCACGCUACUGAAGGACAGGGAGCCCGGAGCCUUCAUUAUCCGAGACAGUCACUCCUUCCGGGGAGCCUACGGGCUGGCCAUGAAAGUAGCCUCUCCGCCUCCAACCAUCCUGCAGCAGAACAAGAAAGGAGAUAUAACCAAUGAGCUGGUGAGGCACUUCCUGAUCGAGACCAGCCCGCGCGGGGUGAAGCUAAAAGGAUGCCCCAACGAGCCCAACUUUGGAUGCCUGUCUGCUCUGGUGUACCAGCACUCCAUCAUCCCGCUGGCCUUGCCCUGCAAGCUGGUCAUUCCCGACCAAGAUCCCACGGACAAACCGAAAGAGGCAACCUCAGCCGCCAACUCGGCGACAGACCUGCUCAAGCAGGGAGCCGCCUGUAACGUGAUCUUCAUCAACUCGGUGGAGAUGGAGUCGCUGACGGGCCCACAGGCCAUCGCCAAAGCCAUCAGCGAGACGCUGGCCCUGGUGCCCAUGCCCGCAGCCAUCAUCGUGCACUUCAAAGUCUCCGCACAGGGGAUCACCUUGACAGACAACCAGAGAAAAUUGUUCUUCAGACGACAUUAUCCCCUCAGCACCGUCACCUACUGCGACCUGGACCCCCAGGAACGAAAAUGGACUAAAUCAGACGGUGGAGGUCCCGCAAAGCUCUUUGGCUUUGUGGCCAGGAAGCAGGGAAGCACAACGGACAACAUUUGUCACCUCUUCGCCGAGCUGGAUCCUGACCAGCCGGCCACCGCCAUUGUCAAUUUCGUGUCAAGGGUCAUGCUUGGCUCCGGCCAGAAGAGAUGAGCCGCUGGACACGGGUAGUUCUUGCCCUUGAAUUUUGGAGAAGGACUUGGAGUUGAUCCGAGAAGGAGCGCGAGGAAGUGCAUUGUGGGAGAGGGAAGUGAAUCGGGGGGAAACGGUCUGAAUUGUGGAAGAAAAAAAACCCUCACCCAAGCGUAACAAAACAAAACUAAAGGAAGCGAUGUCAGCGCAUUUCCCCACGCAGGGAAUGCGACCAGCGCAACGGCCAGGAGUCGGAGGAGUGGAACUGGGUUGGCUUUUGGAUCAGCGUCCCCGCGGGAGGUUUCAAGUGGCGAAUUCACCCCGGGUCAAAGUGGGAACGUUCGCGGCCCUGCCGUUUGAAAACCAACAACUCUGUUUGCAAAUGUCAGUCGUUUGUUUUAAACAACGCCCAUGUCUAACUAAUCGAAUGAAAGGCAGGUCUGCAGGACCACCCCCGCCCACCCCCCGCCCCCGGGGAAUUACCCAUUGAAACAGCUUACCAGGGGCUGUGGUGGGCUUUCUCCAUCACUGGCAAUUUUCAAAUCAAGAUGAGAUGUUUUGCUAAGAGAUCUGCUCUGGUUCAAACAGGAAUGAAUUCAGGGCAGAUCUCUGGCCUGUGUUACACAAGAGGUCAGACUAGAUCUCAGUGGUCCAUUCUGGCCUCAUGACCUAUGUGCUAGAACAGUGGUUUUCUACCUGUGCUCCGCAGACCCCGGGGCGAAAGGGGGAGGGGUCCACAGACUAUGUCUAAGAUUUCCAAAGGGGUCCGCACCUUCAUUUGAAAUUUUUUAGGGGUCCGCAAAUGAAAACAGGUUGAAAACCGCUGUGCUCGAGUGAUCAAGCAGGAAAACAAAGGAUGGUCAAUAUCCCUUUUAACCUUCCCUGCUCUGAGGUCUGCCACUCCUGCGUAUAUGAAGUGAGUGUGGGGAUGUGUCAUACAUGUAUAUUCACAGCGGUGGGGUUUAUAUAUAAGCCUGUAGCCCCCGAGCAACUCCCUUUGGUCUCUGUACUGCACGCCACAGCCCGUCAGGAUUUCCUGGCAGCAGAAGGGAGAGAACUCAGAUCCUCCUGCUCCAAAAAGCACAGGACCUAGGCCACUUGAGCGAAAGGGGAUGCAAGGUUAGCAGUAUGGGAUCUAUGACACACAGGUGAGCAGUUCUGAUUCCAUCCAGUACAGGGCGGUGGUGAUGCAUACACACUAGGCAGUUCUUACACACACACAGAGUUGUUUAGCAGGUUGCCUUCACUAACUGCAUUCAGGAGCAUGCUUUCCAAAGAUCAUCUUCACCGGAAAGAUCUUCUGGGCUAUAUACCAUAUAUAUAUAUACUGGACCUGCAGUACCAUACUUUACCCUGUAUUUUCACCUGCAGACUGUCACAUGUUCUCUUAAAAACUAACAUACCGGAAGCGGACACAGGUCUGGUCGAGCCUGGUCUCUACUCCUUCUGUAGACGUACAGGCGAUUUGUUCAUUGCAUGGACAUUUGGUUGCACGAAAGGCAAAUAAGUAUAAAGCAAACUCAGGCAUUUUUGGAGGCCACUAAAAGAAAAGACCCUGCAGUCUGUGGGCAGCUUUGGCUCUGCAUGAUCCUCUCAGCUGAUCCAAAAGCCAAGAGAUCUCAUGGCCGAAUUUCGUUCUCAGAUGCUCUGCCCUGUGGAGGCUUGGAGUGCUGAAUGUAUUGUAGUUUAGUAACAACCCAGUAGGCGUAAGCUUUGCUUUUGCUUCAGAAGGUCAUAGGCCCCAGACUUUGCACUGAAAUGCUAACUCACAAGAGAUAUCGACUAGUGUUGCAAAUGUGGAUAGAUGAGGCAAAGUUCCCAGCCUUGCAAAUCCCUGCACGAUCUCCUCUCUGCUUGGGCCUUUCCAUAGGGAACAAGAUGGUGCGGCAAAAAACGUGCAUUGCCCACAGAUACAGGGCUCGUGUCCUCUCUCUGACUCCACACUGGGCCCCAUGGGACGAUCUGUGGUUAAUAUCUGGCUCCGUGUAGCUCGGCUGAGAUAGGAGCCACCAGAGGACAGUCCAGGAAGUUAAGAGAUGUUUUUCGUUCUCCCUGGGGAAUGGCCAGGUAAAAUAAUGCAGGUUUUACCCCUUCCUCUGACACAGCUGAUAUUGGCCAAUCCCUGUGGCAGGAUAGCAGAUUGGACGGGCCAACACGUUCUUCCUGUGUGGUAAAUCUUAUGGGUCCAUUUUUCUUUUUUUAAUGCUUAGUUCAAGCUAGAGCUGAGACCCAAGCUAUGAACAGCCCCCCGGCCCAAACACUCCCCACUUCUGGAGGCGUUCCAAACCCAGAUCUGAUCUUCAGCUUCCGCCCAGCUCUGGGGAACCCUACAAAUUUGCAUUAACAGCCAACCUCCCAAGCACCUUUCUGGGGCUUUCGGAAAACCGUAACCAGCUUGAAUCACUCAGAUAUGGUCAGAGGUGUUAGGGGAGGGGGAAAUCAGGAAGCAGGAGAGAUAGGCCUUUCCUUGUUUGUGCCACAUUUCAGUGCAAGGUUAUGUGAUACAGGCUGUCUGUUAAUAAAACCAAAAAACACGGGAGAACUAUAAACCAGCUAAAAUAUUGCAACCACCUGGAUUCCCCCAGAGCACUCUGCUCUCUCAUACAGAGGCAGUGUCCUGAUAUAUAUAAUAUAUAUAUGAAAUAUACUGAAAAAUACUGUAAGCUAAUCAAAUUUUUAAAAGGGGUUAAAUUUACACAAAAAUAUUUAUUUUUUUGCCAUAUUGCUUUCUGUGUAUCUUACCCUCCUCCCUUAUAUACGGCCCCCCACCCCCCAUCCCCAUAUAGACUCUUGUACGUAUAACUCAUAAUAGAGUGUAACAGACAAACAUGGUUUAUUUCGGUUAUACUAGUGACAUGGGCAAGGAUCCAAGAGAGUGCAGUGUCCCUUUAGACACCCUUUAGACUGCCCCCAAGGUGCAAUGCGUAUGAUUGGUCCCCCACCUCUAACCCCUGCCCCCUUUCCCUGUUGAACAUGGACAUUUGCUAGCGCCUGGAGCAAAUUAGCAUGUGAGGCGUGUGAGUUUGAAACCGUUGCCAAGUGACGCAAGGGUUGGCGGCAUGCGCGGAUGUGUGCGACUGUGUGUGUGUGAGGGCCACAGCUGCGUGAGCGUGUGGAGGGCUCUUUCGUUUCUGGAUACCGUAGGAGGGUUAGAUUUGAGUCAGGGAGGUGUUGGGAGACUGGUACUGGGAUGGGGUGGGAGGGGUCACUUUACGACGUCCACCAGGGCCCUGUGUUCCAGCCCACCCUGUCGUAUAGCACGUUGAGAUAUUUUUAUUUUAAGUUGUUAAAAAGAAAUUCCCUCCUUCUGCAAAAUUCAAGCACGAGGAACCCCCUCACUUGUAACCUUCUCACCCUGCCAUUAACCAAUUAGACAAACACUGUGUUUAUAGAUAUUUAAAUAUAUAAAGGUAUAUUUUUUGAAAGUCUCUAUUUUUCAGACUUCAUUUUUCUCACAGCUAAAGCUAAUUUUAUUAUUUUUGUUUUAAUCUGCUGUCCUGCCCCGGGAAUUGGGGCUUGAGCCUUAAAUGCAUAUUUUCCCCCCAUAAAAUGAACCCGUAUUAAGGCAUCUAGCAAUCUCAUCUAUAAAGCAAUCACAGCAGAUCCCCAAUAACAACCGAACCCUUGCUUCCAGCCGUGGCCGGCAACGGCUCAUUGCUAACUCACGAGCUGAAGACGAAAGAUUUAGACGGGGUCAGAAUCUCUAACGCUAAAAUCACCAUUGAUUAUAUUUUUAACACAAAGCUAAUCAUCUUGCAAAUGACAUAGGCAGGCGUUUUCCAGCUUCAAUUGAAGAGCUAUUUUUUUUUUUAAAGUACAUUUUUUGGGUAACUUCUUUCUGUCAUCCCUGAUUUCCCGAGACAGACCAUCAGCUUGUGUAAAUCGGAGCCGUUCCACUGAUAUCUGUGAAGCUGCUAAGCCAGGCAAAAACCUGGCUUUACCGGCCAAGGUUUAAAUUUUUCUUUCCUAAAGGGACCGAGAAGAUUCUUUGUGUUUUAAAAAUGCAGUCACAGUAUUUGAGAUUAAUGCUGAUGCAAUUUAUUCCAGCAGAUGUAUCCUAAUAAUCACACUGCCGUUUUUUUCAGCAGCGGAUGUUAUAUCUCUCACACACGCAGACACUCACACCUACUCCCUGCACAAGGAACUGCAUAUAUUCUUGCCAAAGAUAGCCUUUAAAAUGCACUUUUCCCAGCCAGUUUUGUUUUGUAAAUUGAUUGUAUGUGCUCUUUUCCCCUCCCCCCCAAGGACCCCUUUGCUGUCGAUUUUGUUGUGUGUAUCAGUAAACUCUGAUUCCCGGAGCGGCUGGCUGAUGUUAAUUUUAUGUAACUCUGUGUUCCAGUAGAGUCGGAGAUUCUUAAAAUAGUUGACACAAGAUAUCCUGAUUUCUUUAGUCGCAGACUGAGUGAUGAGGACAGCAGGUCAGUCAAUUCUUCUCACGCUUCUCCUGGCCUUCCCUUCUCAAACCCCUUCUUCGGAAAAGAACCCCGGAGACAAAGCAACAUGCUGUAGUUGCUUGUGUCUGGUGGCAUUUCAACCAAACUGCUAUUUAUGUCUCCUCCAUAUCUUACUGCUCAAUAAACUUCCUCCCCACGUCCCCCAGAAAGGGAAAUAGAAAUGUCUUUGGCGUUCUGAUCCAAAAGCCGUUAAAGUAAAUGGGCGUCUUCCCAUUGACUUACGAGCUUUGACUCAGAAUCUUAAAUAUACAAACAUCCACUAAGCGCAUUGUCAUCCUUCAGUCCAAACGCCCUUUCAUGGGAUUGGAUCCAAAUUGGUCCUACCUCCCUUUUUAGCAACUGGCUAACCAACAAUGUUCCAAACUUUAGACAACUUUGGCCCUUCAUCCAGGGUGUGUUAUUGGCCAUAAUCGUGUUGAUCAGUACACCGGCAUUGAAUAACCCAGUAUCAAAACACUGGAUCUAGGCUUUGCGAUCUCUCCUGGAGCUCUUGUAGAGGUUGAUAUAAAAACAGAAUCUGUUUGAGCCAGCAUCCAUUCCUGGAACUGAACCAUUUCUGAGUUUCAAUAAACGCAGACCCUGCCUCACUGCAUCCCGUUUCCAUGUGGCCCUCUUUCCUGGCUGUAACUGGGAUUGGAGCUGCCAGCAGAAAAGCUCCUCUCACUGCACUGCAGCUGCGUCUCCCAGAACCUGUUGACACAGCCCAUUCUUGUGAGGUUCCCAAGUCCGGUUUUUCAGCUUAACAAGGCUUGGGUGAAGGAAUUGAUUUUUUAGGAUCUUAUCGGAACCAAACCAGUUUAGAGAUUUGCCCUGCACUGGUUAAUGUCUUUCCAGUCUGUUCCUUCCCCGCACCCGAAUCUGGUAAUGCAAACAGGAACUACACACAUACAACAAGAGAAAUCACUAUAACACAAGCCUCGUGCCCUCCCACCCCCCCAGUUCAUCCACAUAAUGGGGCCAGAUUUGGCACUGACUCACAUAACACCUUCCCCCAUACCGGGGUUUGAGGCUGAUCCUGCUUGCACUGAAAUCAAGGACAAAACUCCCUCUACUGGUGCAGAUCCUAAAUCCUUGUGGUUAAUGUUUGUAAAGCACAUUGAGUGCCUCCUUUAAAAGGCACUGCAGGUGUGCAAAGUAUUAUUUUAAAAAAACCCUCAGUCUCAUAAAUAAUCCAGAUGUCAAAAACCUGCUAAUCAAACCGACAGGAAAAUCGUGCAGCAAAGUGGGCUGGUAUUUUUUUGUUUUGCAAAAUCACUCUUUUUUUCAACAUUUCAUUUGCUGUUGUGUUGCUACCAUUGUCGAUUUGGGAAUGUUACAAAUGUAUUUGCUAAUCAGUGUUAACGAGCAGUUUAAAAUAACUUACCUUCAGUUUGCAUCAUGUCCGUUUUUUCAAAAAAAUGUAAGAAACACAAAAGAGGAAAACCAGAAUUUCCCAUUUCAGUGUAUUUAUAUCGAUGGAAAUAUACUUUAUAUUUUUCAUCUUUGUGCCCAUAACUUUGUCACUUGUAUAAAGGCGACCUGUGUUACUCAUUGUCCAUGUGUGAAUGCGCACUACACCCCUUCCCUAGCCUUUUCCCUCUCCUUUGUACAGAGGACUGAUUCUUUGCAGUUCAUUGUAUGGCUUUAUAAGUGAUAAAAGAAUCAAUUAUCUAUAAUAUACUGUUGCUUGGAAUGCCAGCGCGGUGUCUGGAUUGCUGGAAUUGUAUCUCGAAAUUUUAAGGGAGUGCAGGAAUAAAUGCUCUGUUCUUUUUGCA